AUGACUUCGAACCCUACCAUUGUAAUUUGCCCUGGCGCGUGGCCCGUUCGGUCCUUCUUUGAACCCCUCCAAUCUGCCCUUUCUGCCUUGUCUCAUCCCACCAUCAUUUCCAUAACCGAUUACAGCAAUAUCGACACCCUCUUAAGCACUCCCUCUAAUCCCGACGCGACGUCUUUGCGCCAAACCCUUCAGACCCUUAUCGAGACCUCGGAAAGGGAGGUCGUACUCCUAAUGCACUCCUACGGUGGAGUGUAUGGACCAUCUUCCAUCUCCGGUCUCAGCUUCCGCGAACGGCAAUCCAAAGGCUUGAAAGGUGGAGUCGUAGCGCUGAUCUUCUUUACAUCAUUCAACGCUAAGAAGGGAGAAUCAGCUAUGGAUGUCCAGGGAUUCAGUCUCUCUGAGGGCAAAACUCCGGACUGGGCGCAUUAUGAACCCGACACGGGGCUCGUAGAACUCACGAAGGCUAAGGAAAUGCUGUAUCACAAUAUGCCUGACGAUGAAGCUCAGAGAUUGGCGGGUGUGUUACCAAAAAUGCCGAUUGUCUGUUUUGUGAGUAAAUUAGAGUACGAUCCCUUUGGAGACGAAUGGUACAAUGGAGCUUUCGGGUACGUGUUCUGCGGAGGAGAUCGAAUGCUGCCUCUUGAAGCACAGAAAAUGUAUGCAGAACGGGCUGGUGUGACAAGAUCCAGGGAACUCAAGGAGAGUAGUCAUAGCCCGCAUCUUGAACAGCCGAAGGAAUUGGCUGAGGCGGUUGUUGCAGUUCUAGAGGAUAUCAUUGAAGACUUGCGCCGGAAGUAG